ACGGUCAGGGAAGGCAUCGCGAGGUAAACGGGAGGAACGUGGUUCGUUGGUUGGAAUAAGCUAAAAAGGAAGAAGAGAAUUGUACCUCAUGAAUGGAUUUAUCGAUCUACGUUUACUGUAAAGUUAAAUUGUGUCCCGUCUUGUUUGAUUGCCCGAUUAUGCAAGCUAGCUGCGGAAACUAACAGUUAUGUUUUGACAGCUCAGCUUGUCCGAAGGCUAGCUAGCUAACGCUGGCUAACUAACAACAGCUAUUUAACAGUUACGUUAACACCAAUAACUUAGCUGGCAGAGACAGGUCAUGCAUGCAGCCGGGCCUCUAGCCUGCGCUUUGUACACCCCCUGCUCCUCAGACACUGUGCUUCCAGUAGGUGGAGGCUCUUCCUCCCUGUAACCUCCAUUUCUCCCUGCUGCCCCCAUGUUAACCCUCCUGAGCAUGUUUUACUAUAUCUGUCUACGGCGACGCUCCAGGAGUGGGACUCGAGGUGAGGCUCUGACCAGUCGACGGGCUGUGGAGUCUGGCCAGCGGGCGGCAUUGCCAGUCAGUGUGGAGGUGGAGCAGUAUGCCAAGGAGGUUCUCGACUUCAGUUCCCACUAUGGCAGUGAGAACAGCAUGUCCUACACUAUGUGGAACCUGGCUGGUGUACCCAACGUCUAUCCCAGCUCAGGGGACUUCACUCAGACGGCUUUAUUCAGAACUUAUGGGACGUGGUGGGAACAGUGUUCCAGUGCUCCACCACCUUUCCGCCACACCCCUAAAGGUUUCUACAGCCAGGAUUACAUUGAGCUGGGCUUUGAAGAGCCCGUCUACCCUACAGGAGUGGAUGUGCUUGAGACUUAUUACCCUGGAGCCAUUGUUCAGAUUCUGGCCUGCUCUCACAACCCCUUCUCCCAGAACCCACCUACUGAUGUCAGGUGGGAGGUGCUGUGGUCAGGGGAGCCCACCAAGGUGCUGACACCCCAGGCACGCCAGUUUUCCCCGAACAUCAAGCAUAUCAAUUUCCCCACAAACCUGCUGCGUCUGGAAGUCAACAGCUCUCUGUUGGACUACUACACUGAGCUGGACGCUGUUAUCCUGCGCGGGGUGAAAGAGAGGCCCAUGCUGGCUCUUUAUAAGAUGCCUAUCAUUGACAUUAGUGACCUGAGUGACAGCGAGGAGGACCUGUCUGAUCUGGGAGGUCCAUUCAGACAAGGAGGAGACAGCAAGCAUCAGAGGACCAGCAAUGGCUACUUUGACAAACUGCCAUAUGAGCUCAUCCAGCUGAUACUGAGCCACCUGACCCUGCCAGACCUCAGCCGUCUGGCCCAGAGCUGUAAGCUGCUGCACCAGCACUGCUGCGACCCUCUGCAGUACACCCAGCUGAGUCUGCAGCCCUACUGGGCCCGGCUGAGUGACGCCUCCCUGGGACACCUGCAGAGCCGCUGCACCCUCCUCCAGAGGCUCAACCUGUCCUGGACUGGCAACCGUGGGGCUCUCACCCUGACCGGCUUCAGCAGCUUCAUGAAGGCCUGUGGCCUCAGCUUGGUCUGCCUGGAGCUGUCAUGCUGCCACUUCCUGAAUGAGGCCUGUCUGGAGGUCAUUUCUCAAACUUGUCCUGGGCUGCAGGAGCUCAACCUGUCCUCCUGUGACCGCCUCCACCCACAAGCCUUCGCACACAUCUCCAAACUAACACGCCUCCGUAGGCUGGUGCUCUACCGGACCAAGAUAGAGCAAACAGCUAUUCUGACUAUCCUGACUUUCUGCAUUGAGCUGAGACACCUCAACCUAGGGAGCUGUGUGAGGAUUGAGGACUAUGACGUGGUGGCCAGUAUGCUGGCCGCUCGCUGUCGCUUCCUCUGCUCACUGGACCUGUGGCGCUGCAGAAACCUGACUGAUCGAGGCCUGGCCGAGCUCGUCUCUGGCUGCAGGAUGUUGGAGGAGUUGGACCUGGGCUGGUGUCCCACACUGCAGAGCAGCACCGGAUGUUUCCAGCACCUCGCCCGCAGCCUGCCUCGCCUGCGCAAGCUCUUCCUCACCGCCAACCGCACCGUCUGCGACUCAGACGUAGAGGAGCUGGCGGCCUGCUGCCCCUCACUGCAGCACCUCGACAUACUGGGUACACGGCUGGUAAGUGCUGCCUCACUGAAAAAGCUCCUUCAGUCUUGUCCACAACUUCUCCUCCUGGACGUCUCCUUCUGCUCGCAGAUAGACAUGCGGGUCGUCCAGGAGCUCUCUGGGCUCUUCCCCAAUGUGGCCAUCAAGAAGAGUUUCACUCAGUGACCGCAGGGUCAUCUCAUUUCAUCCUUCAUAGUCCAGAGGUCCAAGUGCUUUCCAGCAGACAGUGUCCCAGCGUGAGAACGAGUCAGGUCAGAUGCUGUAAGUGAUUGCUGACCUGCCUGCGCCUGUAUCGCAGACAAGAUCUUCUUUUAGCGGUCAGCAAAUAAAGAACUUUGAGAAGGUUCUUUGGAUUAACUGGUUGAACACAAACAACUACAAACUCCUAGUCACAGGAUUACAGAAUGGGAGACUUUUUAUUUAUUUAUGUUUUUCAUUUUGGACACUUGAAAUCAGGGUCGUUGCAGUAAAGCUGCUACAUCUUCCCAGAAUAUGAAUCACCAUUCAUGUAUUGCCAAGCAACACAAGCCUAGGAAAUAUGCCUUGGUACUGGAAGCAAAACACAAAACAAAGCAUUAUUUGUGAGCAGUCGUCCCUUGAACAUCUUGUUAGGACAAUGAAAGGGGACAAAUGUGUGAAACCCUUAUUGAAAACCAACAGUAAUAUUUGGUAGCUACAUAGUAGCCGGUGAGAUAAUUAAAGAUCAGGGCCUUGGUCAGUGCCUUGUCAGAAUGAGCAGCAAUUAUGGACUGUUUCAGUGCGUGAGGAUCUUUCUGAGGGCAUCUGUCAACAUCAAGCCAAUUUGAUUUUAUUCUAAGAAAUCAUCAGCUGUUGUGUUCAAAGGUAAUAGGAGCUUUUAAGGUGCAAACAAAGGAGUGAACACAGCCUUAUUUCAUAGUGUCUUGUGGACAGUGUCAAGUCAAACCUUAAUGACAGUAUACACAAGCUUCUUUGUGUUUCUGCAAACAGUGAGGAGGAUUAUACACAGGGAUCUCAUGUUGAGAAGAAAUGCUCCAUCAGCUGUCCUGCACCUUAGAUUUUCUGACAACAUGUUUUCAUCCAACAAAUAUUUGAGAACUUGUGAAAAAACAGACAGGGACAACAUUUGUUUCAAUUUACACAUGCAAAAAAAAAAAUACCCAAGGUAUCAAAUCAGGAACAGACAGACAGUCCGAAGCCCACAGAUAUACAACUUACAGUGUUCUAAAAUCAAGAAAAGCUGUAAAUCCUCUCAUCAAAGAACAUGAAACCAGUAACUGUUUGUUGUUUUUCUUCAAAAAAAAAAGAAAAAAAAACAUUGAAACAUUUAUUAAUCAUCCAAAGUUUGGGUUUUUAUUUCCUGUCAGUUGAUUAAAAUUCUGAUCUAAUUGUCAUUGUCUACCAGAUAGGUCUUAUCAACAACACAAAUUCAUUUAAAAUUCAUGUUUCACCGCAUUCACCCUCCAGAUGAACGUGAUAAAGAUUUAUUAAUUAAAAAAGAGCUUUAACUCUGGCAUGGUAGAUGCCUUCUUAGUCGAACAUGACACAAGACUUACAUUACUGAACUUGAGACUUUUGUUGUUUUGAAGGAGAACACCAGAUCUAACAUGCGUAUUCCAGGUUAAAUUCUGCCCUGUGUCUCAAUGUUACAUUUUCGGUUGAGUCCAACACUAAAUGGUAAAGUUUGGAAGUCAUCACAUUGUUUUCAUCAUGUCACAAGCUUUUCCGGUCGUCAUUUACACUGAGCUCUCUGUCUCUGCUGUUUGACUGCAGCCACCUGCUUACUUAAAGGCUAAUUUUGGUAUUUUCCAACCUGCUCCCCCUAGAAGUAAAAAUAUCAGGAGAGGAGCAAGAGGUAGGACUGGCCUCAGUGGGUGGAAUGAGUGUAUAAGUCAGAAUAUUUUCAUAUCUAACGCAGUGAAUUAAUAGUUUGUUUUGACGACACCAGAGUUGGUGAUUGUUGGAACAGUGAAAGGAUGAACCAAGACUGUUUUGGGGAGUUUUGGUUUGAUUCUGUCAAGUUUAACUCAGUGGUUUUGGUGAGAGUGAUAGCUGCUGUUUUGGUUAAACUGAAAUGACUCUAUUCUUGGACAUAUCUCUGUAGGGAUCCUUUCCAUAAUGUUGCCAGACACUUAGAAUAAUUGAGCCUAUCAGUGGGAAAAAAGAAUCACUUAGGUGGACGUGCUGUGGCAGUCGCACCAAAGGAUUGCUUUGUGGCUGCUAGUUGCAGCUGUCUCACUCAGUACUGGACUAUUUUCAGAAAUUGUUGUCCCCAGUAGUCACUUAGACAAAAAAGCAUGGGAAAUAUGGGUCCAGGUUGAAAAGUACCGAAGGUACCCUUUAAGUUACCCACAAAUUGUUUUGCUAAUGGUAAGGUGUACUGUAGAUAUUGUAGUACUGUGUAUGUUAAAAUGACUCUAUGAGACCUCAGUAUUUAUCCUGUAACUCAGGGGUUUUAAUAUUUCAUGUGGUUUUAGAUAUUGUUUUCACAUAUUUUGCUCUAGAAACCAGCACAGCAGACAUGUUGACAGACUAACAGCAGAAUGAGUCAGCUUUGUGGUUACCUGCCAUGUUGUAAUGUUGCUCUUAAACAGCAAACACAGGGGACACAAAUGAUCGCUCAGCACUGAUGUAACUGAGACUGAGAAAAAAAUGUCUAAUUGGGUGUGGAAUGUUGCAGUAAUUGUAUGACUGAAAAAUAUACUGCUGUUCUUGCUCUUCAUUUAUUUUUUGUAAUAUAUGAAGCCACAGUUGUGGUGUGGCAGAAGAGCUUGAAAAGCCUUUCUUAAAAAAAACAACUUGAAGUUUUCUUUGAAGCACAUGCUACUAGUCAAUAUUUGUGCCUUAUACUCCUGUCUGAAUGUGGUGUGAUGUCCAUGUGAUAUAGAUUGUAGUGAAGUGCUUUGCUUUGUGCCCUUCAACCAAAGUAACACACACAAACCUGGUCUUUAAUCCUACAUUUAUGUUUGACCAGUUUCUAUGCUAACCUGUGUAUCAGCCAUGGUAAUUAAUAUGCAAAAUAAUAUUUAUUUAUAUUUCCCUGUGUGAUGCAAAUGUUAUUUAAACUAACUAAACUCCAUAUAUACGUAAAUAGUCAUGUGCUUUUUUUAGUGCACUCAGUGCAUGUCCAGUCUAGCUAACGACUGGAAGUAUUUAGUUCAGCUCAGAACAAAGAGUGGAAGCAGCGUUAAACUGUUAACUGGCGAAAGAAUACGUUUUCCAGCAAAUGGAGCUCAUGUAUGUCAGAAAUCCAGACUACGGUCUUAAUGCUAGCAGUUUUGCUUCUUAUAGUCUUUGUGCUAAGUUAGGCUUAACAUGCAAAUUGAUAAUUGUACUCGAUGCCCAGAAUUCAAAUAGAUAUGAACCCCAUGGGAAACUGCCCCGGUAAAAUUGUGUUUUUGUUGAAAUGGAUGUCUUUUUAGUUUACUUCCAGAGUGGUGUUUUAAACAGAGUGGGUGUGCUAACAGUAUAACUAACUUUCAAGAUAAUUACUUACUACACUGAAAACUGACGAUGUAUUCUAUGUACAGCAACUAGGAGCAUUUACUUGUUAAGGCAGACUACUUAAGAAGCAGUUUGGUUUCAACUUUUGUGUUGUUUAGCUCUGAGUGAGUGACUGACCUUGCCCUGCUUUUCUGUAACAAACAUGAACUCUCUCUUCUCCUGCUCUGGAUGUGUGAUCAACCUUUGUGCCAUUGGUAGGACAUGCAGUGAUGCUCCCUGUGCUGCAGUGUGAAAGCCACUGUUGUGUGAAAACACUGUGCCUCUGUCAUGAUGAAACUGGGUGCUUCACUCUCAGCAGAUUUUAAAUAAACUGCAGGCUGAUGGCUGACACGACA